AUGAAGACCUUUGCCACAACAAUCAUCACCGCGCUCGUCGUUGCUGCCGAUGUCUACGCGUUUCCUAGCACUGGUACCACUCCGCUGAGGAAGGAGGCAAGCAAGAAGGAUAUUCUUAUCGGGUCUGGAGCGAUUAACCCUACCUAUCUCAAUGAUCCGGAGUUUGCUGCGGUCCUCGCCAAUCAAUUUACCAGCCUCUCUCCCGAAAAUGAACUAAAAUGGUCGCUCCUGAACCCGACCAAAGGGCACUACAACUGGGAAACGCUCGACCGUCUCGUUGAGUUCGCGGAAGACAAUAAUAUGGUGGUCAAGGGACAUGGGCUCAUCUCAAGCUGCUGUAACCCUGAUUUCCUGCUAAACAUCACUCACCCUACCGCCUUGCGUGCUGCGAUGAAGACUCACUUUGAGGCGAUCAUGCAUCGAUACGACGGCAAGAUGGAUCGGUGGGACGUCGUCACCGAAGCCCUGAAAACCCAAGGAGGUGGCCUGAACAACAAUACCUUUUCUCAAGUACUUGGACCUGGCUACGUUGCAGAUGCCUUCCGCAUCGCCCGAGCAGCAGCCUCAGACGCCAAGCUAUUCAUCAACGAAAAUCUCGUGGAGUCACUACCCGGCAAGCGCCAAGAACUUUACAAACUGGUCUCCACACUCGUGGCAAAGGGUGUCCCGAUUGAUGGAGUCGCCCUGCAAAUGCACAUCACCGAAGUAGCCCCGACACCAGGCGUGAUCACGGAAAUGGUCAACUCCUACAAGGCACUCGGAUUGGACGUCUCAAUCGCUGAGCUAGAUGUUCACACUCUCGACAACGCGGUCGAGACUGAUAUUUACGGCGCCGUCAUGAGCGAGGCUCUCAAAGCAGGAAUUACCGACAUUAGCUUCUGGGGCUUUACGGAUAAGCAUGCUUACACCUGGGUGCAGGGCGCAAAGCCAUUGAUUUUCGAUCAGUACUACAAGCCCAAGAGUGAGUUUUACGCCACUCACACUGCUCUCACCAACUUCGUCAACGGGGCCUAA